GGAACAGCGAUAAAAUGCGAGUGUCCUUGCAUCUUGCCCGCAGAAAAUUAAUAAGAGAAUAACAAUAAUUUAAAUUCAUUAUCUCCAAGGGCCUUUAAUUGUCUCGAAGUAACCAGGUGAAAACAAGGUUGACGUUGUGGCUUGCCAUUGAUUAGUAUCAAGCGAUACGGCAAUUGCGAUGAGAUAGAUUUCGCAUGCAUGUGGCGAAAAAAUCAGCGGAAACAUAUGUAAAAAAUCCCAGACAAGAUUUAUAACGACGUCUACACUACAAAUGUAUCUGUUCGGUAACGAUCAGCCAGAACCUAAGCGGAGGAAGUUGGAAAUUCCCUUGGACGCGGAACGCUUUACUUCACUGGGUACAGUGUUACGAACGAACGGCACUAUUUCUCCAUGCCAGGUGUCUGAGAGUGACACAAUGGAAAUCUGUGAACCAAAAACUAAAAAAUCCAUAAUGGUGAAUUCAGAUGCGGGUUCUUGUCCUUGUGGUUAUUUACAUGGGCCUGGAAUCUCGCACAUACACGAUAUAACCGCCGUGGGGUUCAGUUCCAAUAUGCUCAGGGGACCUGACUGACGGCUUAUCUGUUUUCAGCUGUAUGAUGAAGCCUUGUUCGUGCUAAUAUACGGUUUUCGUUUCUCUUUCUAGCGAGAUCUAUUUUUUAUAUGCAUAUAUGAUAAGUGUGGGUCGAUAACGAGUGCUUCCGCUUUAAAGAUCAGCUGGCGUCGAUGGAUGCAAUUAAAAGUUAAAAGUCCGGAUUUGACUUGAUUGGUUUUGGUCAUUUUAUCGUGUUGUAUUCUAAAAACCCGAGUAGAAUGAGAGAUUUUAUUCUUUCAAGAGAGUCGGGAUUAAAUGGACAAAAACUAAAUAGAUGUGAACUUUGAGUUGAGAUAUGAUGAAUACAAAAAUGCAACCCCACACUCUGGGUUCGAAUUGUGAUUAUUGAAAUUGCUCAGCAUAUCAGUAGAACGGAAGGCUAAACAGCAAUCUCAGC